AUGGCGAAGCACUUUGCCAAAUUCGACGAGCUCAUCGUGGGUCUCCAAUCUCUUGGUGAACCAUUGGACGAUGCCCGUCAAUUGGUUAUAUUUCUGAGCAGCCUGCCCAGCGAGUUCGAGUUGAUCUCGUCGAUCAUUGAGGAUUCUAAGGAGAUCACGUUGAUCGAGGUAAAGGAAGAGUUGCUCAAGGAGUUCGAGCGACUGGAAAAGAAGGAAACGUCGGAGCGCGCGUUGAAGGUCACCUCGGAUGGUAACAGGGGAAAGAAUGGCAAGUUUGUCAAACGCUGCAGAUACAAUGACCGCAAGGGCAACAGCGCGAAGAAGAAUGGCGGGUUCCGGGGCAAGUGCCUCAGUUGUGACCGAAUCGGACACAUGAAGCGGGAUUGCCCAAACAAGGUCGACGACAGUGACGAUGAUGCAGUAUUCGCAGUCAGCGUAUUAGGCCCGGUAAAUGAGUCAGAAAACUCAAUGAUCACCAGCGCCAUGGUUGAUACUGCACUCGCUGUUGGUAAGGAUCGAUCACCGAGCUGGCUGAUCGACAGUGGUGCGACGUCUCACAUGACGCCAUACCGAGACGACCUAUUUGAGUAUGAGAUCGUGAACACGAACAUUGAGGUGACCAUCGCUGAUGGUAAGAACCUGCGCGUGGCGGGAACCGGGUCGGUGCACUUGAAGGGCAUCGAUGGCAACGCAUCCGGAUGA